AUCCUGUGCGAGUCGGACGGCCCGCGUCAUCACCCGGCUCCUCGGCUGGCCCGUGACGUCACGGCAGCGCUGGCUCUGCAGUUUUGUCGCUUCCUUGCAGAAAUGGCGAUGCUGGGAGGGAUCGUGUCUCUGUUUUUAAUAACAUUAUUGGUUUUUUUCCACGUUGUCCUGCAGGUACAGGCGGUUUCACAGCCGGGGAAAUGGAUUCUGAGCGCUGACAGCAAACAUAACCGUGAACAGAACAAAUUCGUGUUCACAAAGACGUUAUUCAAAGACUCGACUAUCUUCAUGCAAUGGAGGAGUGAAGACUGCAAGCAUCCAGUUAAUCUCUCAAUAUCCUGGUACCUGCGAAGCUCACGCUGCUAUGAUGAAGUCUUCGGACUGGAUAAUUCUGAACUCGAAAAUUACUUCAUGUUGGACACAGAAGUGAGAGAGGGUGGAACUGGGUUUUUCAUUUUCCAUAAGUACGACCCUGUAGAGUGUGGCCAACGUGUGCACGAGCUUGCUGUGAAAUCCUUCGAUGUGCCGAUAAAGAUUAUGAAGUUUGAAAGCGCGGCUUCUGAGAAACCGACUGUGGGCAAGAAUGCGACAACAAAGGCAGAGGAUGAAGAGGUUCAGGAGAUGACUGCGAUGACGUCGUCUGCUGUGCCUCCCUACGCGGUUGCCAGGACUUGGGAAGAUGGGCCUUACAUGUUCAUCGUUCAGAUUGAGGAGACUGGCAGCAACCCUGACAAGUACCACGGCUCAGAGCCCAGGGGCAGCUCCGAGGAGGGCAAAGAGUGGAAACUGGAGUUAGAAAUCAGGAUGCUUGGUCCGUACCAAUACCUCUCGGCAUCUGAAUGGCCUCUAAUGUGUUUCUACAUGGUGAUGUGCAUCAUCUACGUGCUGCUGGGGGUGCUGUGGCUGGUCCUCUCUGCCUGCUACUGGAGAGACCUGCUGCGCAUCCAGUUCUGGAUCGGCGGGGUCCUGUUUCUGGGCAUGCUGGAGAAGGCUGUGUACUACGCAGAGUUCCAGAGUAUCCGCUACGACGGUCUGUCUGUGCAAGGGGCUGUGAUUUUUGCUGAAAUUCUCUCUGCUGUGAAGAGGACUCUGGCCCGCGUGUUAGUCAUCAUUGCCAGUCUGGGAUACGGCAUCGUUAAGCCAAGACUGGGGGCUCUUCUGCACAGAGUCGUGGGGGUUGGUUUGGUCUACCUGAUCUUCUCGGUAGUGGAGGGGGUCCUUCGGGUGAAUUCGGAGCAAGGAGCGACAGGCAGGCUGCUGUGUGACAUUGUGCUUGCCUUGACUGACUCCUGUAUUGUGUGGUGGGUCUUCAUCAGCCUUGCACAGACCAUGAAGCUGUUGAGACUUCGGAGGAACCUGGUGAAGCUGUCCCUCUACCGUCACUUCACCAACACGUUGAUAUUCACCAUCAUCGCUUCUGUGAUAUUUAUCAUCUGGAUGUCCAAGACCUUUAAAUUUUCCAAGUGCCAGUCGGACUGGAGGGAGCUGUGGCUUGACGAUGCUUUCUGGAGGUUUCUCUUCUCCAUCGUUCUGCUGGUCAUCAUGUUCCUGUGGAGACCUUCCGUCAACAGCCAGAGAUACGCUUUCACUCCCCUAAUUGACGAGAUGAGCGACGAGGAAAAAGAAGAGAUGAGGAACGAAGCUUUCGAGGGAAUGAAGAUAAGAGGAAUGAAAACAGAGACCAACGGAUCAGCCAAAGCCAGCAAAGUGGUAGGGGACUUUUUGGAUGAAGAUCUGAAGUGGGUGGAGGAGAACAUCCCAUCUUCCAUCGCAGAUAUGGCGCCUUUACUGGACUCGGAUGAGGAGAACAUAACAACCCAAUUUGAGAUUUCCAAGAUGGAAUAAAGACCGUUUGACAGUGUUUGUUGUAAAUAGUUGUGUAUAAUUGUUCCUUUUUCUGGCAGGUUUUUGAUUUUAUUUCAAAUGUGUAUGCUGCGUGACGGGAAUCCUGCUUGUAAAAGAACGGACACACACAAAAAACAGAGGGGUUGGGAAGGGGUGGUGGAGAUCUUUUUAUUUAUAUUUUCUUUAAAAAAAAAAUAUUCUGUUUUGGUUUUCAGACACCGUUACUGCAAAUGUACUGUUUACAUAUCUGGGAUUGGAGAACAAAAUAAAUUAAUACCAUCCAAAUGUC